CAACACUUAAACCAUAUUAUAAUGGAAAGCUGAAAUUUUCCAUUGCUUCUGGACCAAAGGUAAACUCCUCUCAACUGUGAUCUACUGCAACCUUUUUUUUCUACUGUUGUACCGUCGUUAUGAAGGUUAUGCAAGAAGGAGAAGUUCUUAUGGCAUUUCCACACUCAAGGAAUAGGUUAUUGAGAUUUUAUGAGUGGCUUCGUUUAACCUAUUACCGUUACUGUUUGUGGACUGCAGUUUAUGUUAUGACAACGGGUGAGCAGAUAUUUGUGAAUGGAAUAGCUCUUGUUGUUGUUUCACUUGUGGCGUACAAAUUAUUAGCUUCUUGUUUGCGUCACUAUGGCAUUUAUCAACUGUUGGAUGACCUGGGACUGACUUGGAGAACAUAUUAGGAAUACCAGCCAGUUCUGCUAAGGGAAUUAUUCGUAAGAGUAGGUGUCACUUCAGUAUUUAUUAUCAUUAUGGGUUGGAACGAGUAAUUAGGUCAUCUUGGUUGGGAAGCAAGAGAUGUUGUCACUAACAAUAGUAAUAAUACUUGUAUAAGCAAGUUUUUGGAUAAAAGCAAAUACUAAACAAUCGUUUGCAUUUG